AUCCAACUUUGGGAAUCAUCAACUAUUCAACAUCAUCAUCAUCAUCAGUUCUUGCUUGGAUUUUCUACAUCUUUGUAUGCAGGGAUAUUUUAUCUAGACAGGUCGCAUGUGGCUAGGGUAACCCUUUUGAUAUGUGUCACAAGACGUGUGUCAAACCCGAGCAGAGGUUGUCUUGGAUGUUGCACUAUGCCCCAACUUAUCAUCGCUGUGGAUGAACCAUCGAAAGGACUGAAGAUACAAGGUCGAAAAGUGAAGAAACCAAAUAUAUCGGAAGAUAAUUGGAGUCGCAGCAAACAUGAAAUGGAUAUUAGCGCAGUUCAGCUACAGAGAAGCAUUUCAUCUAUGAGCACAUCUAAUCAAAACCUUGAUCCACAUGGUAGUAGUGGAAGCAGAAGCAAUCCUGAAUUUGUAAAUAAUGGCCUUCUUUUAUGGACCCAAAGAAGGCAGCAAUGGGUUGGUGACAGAAAGUUUCUCAACCAGCCAAUAAUGCGUGAACCCAAAAUAAGAUCUUGCUUUGCCUGGCUGCAAAUUACAUCCAAGCUAGACCCCAACCGCAAAAUGUCUUCAAAAGUUCAGGCAGCUGAAAAUAUGCUGCCCUUACUCAUGCCUGAUUUUGGCGCAGCCACCCAUGAUCAGCUCAUAAUGAAACUUUUGAAUGCUCUAUUCAUAGAACACAUUGUCAAUUAUUUGUGGUUCCAAUCUUGUUUGUGUUUUUCGUUCUCUACCCUGAGUUUUUCUUGCUGCAGCUCCUACGAAAUUGAUAAAUUUUUUAUGUUAUGUAGUUGUGAUACUACGUAGGAGAAUCUACUUGAGAGUUGAGACGAGCAAACCUUUUCCCGAACCAAUUCUUCUGCCUGUAAGAAUCGACUAAAUAUAAACAAUUCAGCUCUCGUUUUCUUGAACAUAUUGUACUUGUGAAUUAGGGUUGUUUACAAUCACCACUCUGCCUUUCGUCCGCAGGAAAUGGUAGAUUUUCUUGUUGAUGUCUGGGAACAACAAGGCUUAUACUUCCUCCGUUCUAUUAUACUUACUACGUUUCACUUUUUACGCA